CACUCAGCUCAACUUUUGGCGGAGCAGAGCCGCUGCUGCUGCAGGAUUCAGUGUUGAAGUGAGGACCAGGUGGGCGUCGCCUGCAGAAACAACUCAACAGGAGUACAAAAUGGCUAACCGAACCUCAGCCACUACCCGCCAGUCAUCUUCUUAUACAAGGAUAUUUGGUAGUGAGCGCAAUGCCUCCGCUCGCUCCAGCUACUCGAGCCGCCAGUACUCGGCUCCUGCGCGCGCCUCGCGGCUCUCCUACAGCGCCUUGUCCGCUCCGCCGUCCAUCAUCGCGAGCAGAAGUGUGCGCGUGCGAAGCGCCAACUUGCCCCGACUCACAUCCGACACGCUGGACUUCAGCCUGUCCGAAGCCAUCAACACCGAGUUCAAGGCGAACCGCACAAACGAGAAAGCCGAGAUGCAGCAGCUGAAUGACCGCUUCGCCAGCUACAUAGAGAAGGUGCGCUUUCUGGAGCAGCAGAACAAGAUGCUGAGCACCGAGCUGGCGCAGCUCAGAGGCAAAGGAACCUCCCGAGUUGGAGAUCUUUACGAGGAGGAGAUGAGGGAGUUACGCCGGCAAGUGGACCAAAUCACCAGUGAUAAGGCCAGGGUCGAAGUGGACAGAGAUAAUCUGGCGGAGGAUAUUGAACGCCUAAGAGAAAAGCUUCAAGAAGAGGUUCUUCAAAGGGAAGAUGCUGAAAACAACCUCCAAAGUUUCAGGCAGGAUGUCGAUAAUGCAUCCCUGGCCCGUCUAGACUUGGAGCGCAAGGUGGAGUCCCUACAGGAGGAGAUAAUUUUCCUAAAGAAACUUCAUGAUGAGGAGCUUGCUGAGCUGCAGACCCAGAUACAAGACCAGCAUGUGCAGGUUGACAUGGACAUGGCUAAGCCUGAUCUGACCGCUGCUCUGCGGGAUGUCCGCCUUCAGUAUGAGACUCUGGCCAACAAGAACAUCCAUGAGGCUGAAGAAUGGUACAAAUCCAAGUUUGUGGAUUUGUCAGAGGCUGCUGCUCGUAACACUGAAGCCAUCCGCCAGGCCAAACAGGAUGCAAACGAAUAUCGCCGCCAGGUGCAGGCUUUAACCUGUGAGGUGGAUGCGCUUAAGGGCACUAAUGAGUCUCUGGAGCGCCAAAUGGGGGAACUCGAGGACAACUUUGCCAUGGAGUCAUCUAGUUACCAGGACAACAUCGCCCGUCUGGAAGAAGAAAUCCGCAACAUGAAGGAUGAGAUGGCUCGUCAUUUGCGUGAGUACCAGGACCUCCUGAAUGUCAAAAUGGCCCUGGACAUUGAGAUCGCUACCUACAGGAAGCUGCUGGAGGGAGAGGAAAGCAGGAUCACCACACCAUUGCCUAACUUCUCAACUUUUAAUCUGAGAGAAUCCAUGAUCGAAACCAAACCACUCAUUGAGAACCUGUCCAAGAAAGUGGUGAUUAAGACUAUAGAAACAAGGGAUGGUCAUGUGAUUAAUGAGUCCACUCAGCAUCAUGAAGACCUGGAAUGAACUGCAUACAAAACCUUUAAAAGAAAAGCUCCCUGAGGAGGCGAGCAAUGUAGGGAGAGGAGAUAUAUCAGUGGGGUAUCUCUGUUUCUGUAACACUAAAACAGCUUUAAUGUGCCUUUUGCCACUCUAGACAGAUCUGCAGAUGGAGAUGUGUUUUGAGUAGAAUAGAGGUUGUAGGCCAGUGAAAACCAGCUUUACACAGUAUUCCUGUUUUCCCUGACUGCUAUAGUUUACACUGUACAAGUCGGACCACAGCAAUAAUCUUAGCUACAUUGAUUUGUAUUGCUUCGAUCUAGAAGAAUGAAACAAUGUCUUUAAAAUCAAACAAAUAAAUAAAUAAAGUCAACAAACCUUUCCAAAAA